AUGGCUGAGCAUGGCACCUGGACUGAAGGUAUCAGCAGACAGACCUGCAGUGCCUGCCUACAGAUUAGACCUCAGGCAUAUCACCAUGCAUACAGAGAACUGUUUACGCCAGAAUGCAAGUUUAAAGAGUCUGUGUUUGAAAACUACUAUGUGAUCUACUCAUCCAUGCUGUAUAGGCAGCAGGAGUCGGGGAGAGCAUGGUUCCUUGGCUUAAAUAAAGAUGGCCAGGCCAUGAAGGGGAACCGGGUGAAGAAAACUAAACCAGCUGCUCACUUCCUGCCCAAGCCAUUAGAAGUCACUAUGUACCGAGAGCCAUCAUUGCAUGACGUGGGGGAGACAGUGCCCAAACCUGCCGUGCCUCCCAGUAAAAGCACAGAGCCGGCCAUCAUGAACGGAGGCAAACCUGUAAGCAAGGAAACCAAGCCCACCACAUAGCCAGAUCCCAUCUCGGCCAUGCUCAACCUCGGAGAGCCGUGCUCCUUUUGUCAGACUCUCCAUGUUUGUGGAUCAGAUCCAGGCAUCCUCUGCUCUCUCCUCCCAGUUCCCUCCAUCCCCCUUCACUCCUCCGACUGUUCCGAUCUAAUUCGACGACGGAUUGGCUCCGGAAGAGUGGUCAGCUGUGCACGUAGGAGGAUGCAACUGGAUAAACCAGCUAAACUUUCACCAUGGAAUGCCCUAACUGAUAUGGAAUGCCUUUUGACAUACAAUAAAGCUGAUGUUUUUUCUGUAAUCGAGACAAUCCACAAGAAUGAAAUUGUGUACCGCAGGCGCUUGUGUGGCGGUUCUUUAGCCUGCUAACAGUCACCCGUUAUAACCCUUUUCUUGAACCCUAUCGCAUCAGAGACCAUACAUUUCAGAUCUAUUUUCUAUAUACACAGUAACACCAGCUACACUCUGGGGUAAUACUGUAAAGAUAUACAUAAACGGACUGAAAUCCACAACUUUUUAAAAAAUUUUUUUUUUUAUCAAGUAUGCUCUUGUGUCUCCUUCUUUCUAGGUGUCCCCCAGUCUCUGAAGCACGAAUUUCCAAUUCUUUCCCUUUUGUCGGUUACUUACGAAAUUUGUUAUUGGGGCAGUGUGCGAUGCGUUCUGGCGUGCAGUCAUUCAAACACGAUGGAUUUCCACAAAGUCCUUUCACGUUGAUAAUGGUCAAAAGACGUCAAUCUCUCAAGGGGAUGGAGCCUCCUAAACAGAAUCAAACUCAUUAUCCAAGGUUCAGCACUCGUGUCUUCUUCUUGUAAUGUCUAGAAAGGGACACAAGUAUACUUUGACAGCAAAUGCCAGCGAGUGCAUAAGUCAUGCCCGCAGCAGUCCAACACAAGGAGUUGGCAUGUGCUGGGGAAGGUGUAUAGAGUACAUAUCACAAUCUAGUACGGUGUAAAUUGGUUUAAACCCCAGUAACUAGGUGAAUUUCCACUUUUCUUUGCUCUUAAUUUAGAGCGUGGGCUCUAGGAAUAUCUAUAGGCCUUGUAGGCCUCUGGUCAAAGCCCGCUUUGACAUGCUGACUCCUCUGAACUAUGAGCUAGUUCUGGUGAGCACCUUAAAUGUGAUGAGAGCGGCAGCCAUAGAUAAAUAGUCUAUUUCAGGCCUGUGCGGUUAAAUGGCUCAAUGUAAGUAGGCACCAUUACUAUUGGCUGCACACCCAUUUUGUUCAGCAAAGGCAUGGCCAAGGUUAGUAUUAUGUUCUGUUCUUGCAGCGCUGACGCAGUGCAAGAAAUGGCUUCUAUAACAAUGUUUUCACUGUAUACAAAUAAAACAAAAAUCUUAAAAAAAAAAAAUUUAAAAAAAGUAAAUAGAUUUUUAACUACCAGAUAUCAGGAUUCUGAAAUGAGAGGGGUUUUCCUAGCUCAGCAUGCAGAGUCCAGUACUGCUCAUCCUGUGCCUGUGAUGACCUCUAACCCAGCAUGCAAAAACAUGUACCCAGUCUGUGCUGGGUUAAAGGUGCCUCAUGCCCCAGACACACACACACAAAUACAGAUUCAGUAGCAACUUAAUCCACAAACACACAAAAGUUGAUUGUUACCAAAGUCCGUAAACACGAGAAUCCAGCCGAACAAUUUUAGUGACUCUGAGGAUGGCGGUCCUCUUCGGUUUUUGUCCUCAUUGUGACUAGGGUUCAUCACGAAGAACAAUUGUCUCGACUUUUUAAUCGUUUCAAUUCAAACUUGAAGAGAUUCCAAAUGAUGUCCUUCACUUCGAUUGUUCAUUUAGUACAAGACCGGGGUACCUAUUACUAAUCACCUGCAUGUGUUUUCUUAAGGACCAAAGUAUGGGACGGCUAGAAAUGUUUAAAGCUAGUUUGAGGCAUAGGGCUACACUGAAUGGGCAUGAUUAUAGAAGGCUCUCUCAUACUCUGGAUUGAGACCAUUGCACUUUGCGUUUGAAAUCGUCAUCUACUCACAUCUACUUAGGAUUUGAACGAUUAGCCCAUUAUCAGCCGAGCUGAAAUAAAGCCUGUCUUGCUUUAACAGUUUUCAUAGUUUGAAUGAUGAAUACCAUUUAGAAUGUUAUGAAGUAGACCGAGGUUAUGCUGCUAAAUACAAAUAUAUUCUACACUUCAUUUGAAGAUCUAUAUUUUCAUUUAUUGGGAUUUUGAGCUAGUUUCAUAUUAGGAGAUGUUCAAGCACAUUAGAAAAUAUUUGUAUGUACAAAGUCGAAUUUAAUGCUAGAAUGAGAUGCAGUACUAUACAGGAAAAGUAGCUUCAUAUUUGAAACCAGUUCGAGGCUGGUGUCCCACUUCCACACGAAACAAAUCACUCACUCCAAUGAGCUCUACAUGCUGGGCUACAGCUGCCCUGCAGACCAGUGAACUGGUUUUACGAAGGUUGAAUUUAUUUUUGUAAGUGACUGGUGAGUAUGUGUGCAUUAGUUAGUAUGUUUGUUUGUUUGUUUUUUCCUCUUUCAAAUGUCUGUGUUUGUUUGGUUCCAUUCAGGUCGUGCGUGACGUCAUUAAAUCGUAAUGAGGAGCAAUUGCUGAACAACUGAUCAUUUCUGUGUUUUUUCCGUAUUUCUGAUUUUCAGUGGUGAAGGAAGGUCUCCAUUGUCUGUCGACUGGUUUUGAACAUUGAUUUGACAGUUACUUCAUCUGUUGCAUGAGAAGAGGG